CCGAGUAGCAGCGCUGGGAGAGCAUCAUUACCUUUACCGCCGUUUUACAACUCACUCAUCUGCUGACAGCUGCCAUCUCCGGUGACUGCACAGUGUUUACCGAAUUGUCUUCCCAGAGGUGCAGAUAAAUUGUGUGAAAUUGAUACAGUGGUUGAUGUAUCUACAUUGAAAGCAAAAAGCCCCUCGAGGUGCCCUGAGAAGAAACCGGACUGCUCUCCCCCUCCACACACACACACGCUUCCCGUUCAGCACUGCGCAGAAACGGGGCGCAGCGAACCAACAGGAGAGCGACCGUAGCGAAGCCCAACGUAACAGAGGAGUUUGGACAAACGGCUGGCAGUAGAUGAAUCCCGUUCUUUAGGACUUAGCUCAAUCAAACUACACCACUCUUUCGGAUUUGCACUUGGCCGUGUGACGGUAAUAGUGUAGGAUGGAUUUCCCCGUGUUUAUGGCUCUGUUGAUUUGCGCGCUGGCGGUCCCGGGAUUCGGUGAUAUGGGGAGCGGAAAAGCUCAGAGUUGUUCGGAUAUCCGACAGUUCUACAAUGGCAAGGGAUUCAGUCUGAACGGAGUGCCUCAAUCAGAAAUAUCAGGAGAGCACCUGAGGAUCUGUCCCCAGGGCUACACGUGUUGCACCAGUGUCAUGGAGGACAGCCUAUCCAAUCUGAGUCGCACAGAGAUGGAGGGCCUGAUCAGAGAUGCUGGACGGGCCCUGCAAGCCUCCCUCAAUGGACAAUACAAAGUCUUCGAUGGUUACCUCCUGGAGUUGCUGAACCGUUCUGAGGGUGUCCUGCAGCAGUCGUAUACUCCGGCGCUGGGUUCCCUGUACACCCAGAACACCCGCGUGUUCUCUGACCUGUACACAGAGCUGAGACGGUACUACCGGGGUUCCAACGUUAACAUAGAGGAGGCGCUCAAUGAGUUCUGGGCCCGCCUGCUGGAGAGGAUGUUCAAGGGAGCCAAUGGACGGUAUCUCAUAGGCGAUGACUACCUGGAGUGUGUGUCCAAGCAGUCCGAGACGCUGCGACCCUUUGGUGACACCCCCCGAGACCUCAAGUUGAAAGUGACCCGUACAUUUGUGGCGGCACGCUCCUUUGUCCAGGGACUGGUGAUCAGCGGGGAGGUGGUUCGCAAGGUGUCACAGGUACCCCUGAGCCCAGAGUGCAUGCGUGCCUUCAUGAAGAUGACCUACUGUCCCCACUGCCGUGGAGUGGCCACUGCCAGGCCCUGUGCUAACUACUGUACCAACGUACUGAAGGGCUGCCUCGCUAACCAGGCCGACCUGGACACAGAGUGGAGGAACUUGGCUGAUGCCAUGCUGCAGGUCUCUAACAGGUUUGAGGGUGUGUCCAGUGUGGAUGUGGUGUUCCUCUCUCUCCCCACACACAUCUCAGAGGCUAUCACCACCAUGAUGGACAACAUAGACACGUUUAACAACAAGGUGUUCCAGGCAUGUGGGAAUCCGAGGGAGGGAGGAACCAGCAGCACCGGGUUGGAGGAGGUGAAGAGGAGUGGGAAGGUUACAGUGGAGGACAGCCCAACCUCUGGGGCUAGGCUGGAGAAACUGGUGUCUGAUGUGUCGAGGAGGCUGAGGGACAUGCAGCCCUACUGGGUCUCGUUACCGAGCACCCUCUGCAGUGACAGGGUGGCCACUAGGUCCCAAGCAGACAAGUGCUGGAACGGCAUGGCCCGUGCCAGGUACCUUCCAGAGGUGAUGGGUGACGGCCUGGCUAGUCAGAUCAACAACCCUGAGGUAGAGAUCGACAUCACCAAGCCAGACAUGACUAUACGCCAACAGAUCAUGCAGCUCAAGAUCAUGACCAACCGCCUCAAGAACGCUUUCAAUGGCAACGAUGUGGACUUUCAGGACACCAGUGAUGAUGUCAGUGGUUCAGGAAGCGGGAUGUGCACAGAUGAAAACUGUCCCCGGGGCCCGCGCCUCAUGGCCCCCAGCACAGACAGACCCAAAGUGUACGCCUACCCUCCGGAGAACAAGAAGGUUGUGAAAGCAUCAGCUGACCACAACCUCCCAUCCAUCACCCUCUACCUGCUCUCAUUGGUUAUGUUGCUGCUCCGGCGAUAAUUGAUAGGGUAUUCCACCAAUCGAGACUGAGUUUGGGACAUGGGGGGCAGGACGAGGGGUGGGAAGAGAAGAGAAGAUGUCGUGGGGUUACUUACUUACUUUGCCAAAACAAAACAAAAUUAACAAGAAAAAAACCCGAAUGGACUUCCUUUUGGUCUCGGAUAAGAACAAAAGUUGUAAUGAGUAUUAUAUUAUUCAGAAAUGUUUUGGUUCUGUUCUUGUCUUUUAUUUUACGGUUUACGGCACUACUAGAGCUCGUCUUUUCACAUUUUUAUUUUGUUUUGUUUUCUGGUGUUUGGGUUCUCUUGAGAUAUCUGUACCUAAGACAUGUUAAGAGUCAAUCUAUAGACUAUAGAGAUAUACAGGAUGUUAGUGUUGGUUGACGCUGUGCUGUGUAAGGGGGACUCUUCAGUCAUGCUGAGCCUAACGUUUGUAUUCCUAAUCAUGUAAACAGCCUUUAUGUCUGAGGAGAUUAUUUAUUUAUUAAAAACAGAGGAAUAUAAUCCCCCCGGAGCAUCUUUGGGCUCCCCAAUAUUUAUAGAAAAACGAAUUCUACCCCAAACAAAAUAAAUUAUUGAUGAGUUUUAUGAAAGAUAAUCUGGUUUCGGUAAGGCCCUAAAAACCUUAAACCUUUAAACCCACACAUUACAUGGCAACAGAGAGAAAAUUAAAACGCUUCACAUAAGCCGUUUUUUCCUCUGCUUGAUAAUAUAAAGCAGUAAUAAUAGUCGUGAUCAUAUUCACACAGACAUGAUCCCUCCACCCUUACUUCUCUCUUUCCCAGAGCAGAUUUGUUUCUCUAGGCUUUGGUGGCUCUAUAGGACCAGAUGGGCAUUUUUAUUUUAUUUUGGGGGGGAGAAAUUACAGUGUUAGUGUGACCACAGUAGUCCUCUGUAUUGACACGAUAUUGGCAGAAUAUGGUAGUAUACGGGCUGUGUGGGUGUGUACUGCCGUUUGUUCUGUCUCAGUGGAGGCUGGUGGGAGGAGCUUUAGGAGGACGGGCUCAUUGUAAAGGCUGGACUGGAAUCAAUGGAACGGAGUCAAACAAGUGGUUUCCAUGUUUGAUGCUGUUCCAAUUAUUCCAUUCCAGCCACUGCAAUGAGCCUGUCCUCCUAUAGCUCCUUCCACCAGCCUAUUCUGCUCUGUCUUCAUAUAAUGGACCUUGGACGACAUAAUAAUGUGUUACUUUCUUGUUAAUGACGAAGAUUUGAUGGUACCUAUGAUGAAUACUUUUGGACAGAGCCAGCCAGCUACAGUGGAGUGGUUUUCACAUACUGCACUAUAACCACUUGUUGUAAAGCAGACUGUGUACAUGUGUCUGACCGACUGUUUCUCUGUUUGGAUGGAUUGACUUAGGGAUUGGAAUUCUGUGAUGAUCACUCAAAUAGCUUUUUCUCUCCCUCCUCUCAUCUCAUUCUCUUUCUUCUCACCUCCCACCUUCUUUCUCUCCCUUCUCACACAGUGCCUCUCUUCCCACUCCCUCUCUCAGUUCUCUCAGCCUCCCAGGCUAUUUUUCAUGGUAUACUAUUCAUCUGUUAUGAAGAUCUGCAAAUUGUUCUCCAAUGCUUUUUUUUGGCAUUAUGGCAAUGACAGAGCUUCAUCAUACUGCAAAAUGAUUGGGAUAUUGUGGGAAUGUUGUGGAAGGCCUUUGCUGAUGAAAAUCUUGCAGCCAGGGAGGAAGGAUGUACUUCAACUUAGUUCAAAUAAUUGUCAGCUCUCAGUCUUAGACCACUGUGUGGGUGGGGGUGGGGGGGUGGAGGUGUGUGUGUGUGUGUGUGUGUGUGUGUGUGUGUGUGUGUGUGUGUGUGUGUGUGUGUGUGUGUGUGUGUGUGUGUGUGUGUGUGUGUACACGCACGCAUGAUAAAGAAGGUCUUCUUGGGCUUAUUCAACAAGAUGGAAACCGAUAGAAACAUAUUGUAUAGAGCUGAUUCAAUGCUUUACGCCACAUGAUAUUAAAAACAUUGUCUCUUGUACAGCAAUAUAUUUCUAUCUACAGACUGAAUAGGCCCCCUUAGGGACGAGUGGAGAUCUGCGCUCGUCAAUAGCCGACAUCGAAAGUGCAAUCAAUGAGGAGAUUGGAGAGAUUUAUGACUCCAGAGACAAGGUCAUACACUAGAACUGAGGUCUUCAGCCUAUGACUGUGCACUAGAACUGAGGUCUUCAGCCUAUGACUGUGCACUAGAACUGUUGUCUUCAGCCUAUGACUGUGCACUAGAACUGAGGUCUUCAGCCUAUGACUGUACACUAGAACUGAGGUCUUCAGCCUAUGACUGUGCACUAGAACUGAGGUCUUCAGCCUAUGUCUGUACACUAGAACUGAGGUCUUCAGCCUAUGACUGUGCACUAGAACUGAGGUCUUCAGCCUAUGACUGUACACUAGAACUGAGGUCUUCAGCCUAUGACUGUAGACUAGAACUGAGGUCUUCAGCCUAUGACUGUACACUAGAACUGAGGUCUUCAGCCUAUGACUGUGCACUAGAACUGAGGUCUUCAGCCUAUGACGGUGCACUAGAACUGAGGUAGCAAAGCAACACGUCCAUUAGGCAUGACCUUUUUGGUUUCUGAGGGAGGAAAUUCGGGAGGACACACAGGAACUGACAUGAUCCCGUUCAGAACCAUAGAGUUCAGAACACUCAAGUAGGAGGACUGCAGUAGUUAUCAAAGCCGGUCCUGGCGGAUCCCUUUGUAUCCAGGUUUUCCUUCCAACCUUCACACAAUUAUAUUCCAUUGAUCUGAUAUGUACUACAUUAUUCAAAUGAUAGAUUGGGUGAAAAACCUACAAGAGUCCUCUUGGACUGGUUAUGAACCUCUGUUAAAUAGGUUACGUGUGAAAAGGCCAAGAAAUAUUGUGAUACAUUUUGUGACACAAGGUAGUGCUCUGAUAAAGAGGGUACCAUGUGAGCUUGUGUAGGGGUCCCUGGUUUUAAACUGUCUGUCGGUGUGACUGCCCGCAGUAACAUUCCAAUGCAAAGAGACAACUAACAACUUUUACUCACGACGACUUCACUCACUUUCAAUGGACACGCUUCGCAAUGCCACCGGACAAAAUUUGCACAACCCCUCCCAACACCCUUACUCCCCCUCUCUCUCCUCCCAACACCCUUACUCCCCCUCUCUCUCCUCCCAACACUCUUACUCCCCCUCUCUCUCCUCCAAACACUCUUACUCCCCCUCUCUCUCCUCCCAACACCCUUACUCCCCCUCUCUCUCCUCCAAACACUCUUACUCCCCCUCUCUCUCCUCCCAACACCCUUACUCCCCCUCUCUCUCCUCCAAACACUCUUACUCCCCCUCUCUCUCCUCCCAACACCCUUACUCCCCCCUCUCUCCUCCCAACACCCUUACUCCCCUCUCUCUCCUCCCAACACCCUUACUCCCCUUCUCUCUCCUCCAAACACUCUUACUCCCCCUCUCUCUCCUCCCAACACCCUUACUCCCCCUCUCUCUCCUCCAAACACUCUUGCGCACUAAUUUGAAUAGUUCAAAGUCCACUGCCUCUUACUAAACGCUGCACUUUUAUGACGUAAAAGGCCUAGGUAUUCGAUAGGAUGGCAAUCUGCACAAAGACAGAGAUCACAAGAUGGUGGAUUGAUAGGCGAGUCGACACUCCAUAUACGUCUACUGAUUAGGAUUAUGCAGAGAGAGAUGGACCACUGAGAUGGCUGCAGUCUGAGAAGGGUGAAAUAGCAAUGUCAGAUUUGGGAUUAAAUCAUAUUGAAAUCUUGCUCUAGCAUGCCUGGGGUUUUGCAGAUGGGCGUGGUUUGCAGUUAUGGCCCUAUUUUGUCCAUUAACCCAGGCCAGCUCAAUCAAGCACAGAUAAAGUAUUUGAAAUUAUUUCAAAUAUUAUUUGAGCCUAGGUCUGAUAUAACCAGUGGCCCUGGACACUACUCUUUCCCCUUCACAAGGUGAAUGUGGCAGGCAUUUCCGAAAGGUGACGAUUUGAAAGAAAACCAUAGCAAUUUAAAAAAAUAAUAAUAAUAAUUUACAUUUGGAGAUUUGUGUUUAUGGUGAUGGUAGAUGGAAGAAGAAAGAGUUUUGAGUCAAUAUGUGUAAUUUGCUGUUGUUUGUUCCUGGAACCUUGUGUCAAUUAUAUACGUUGUAAGAUUUUCAA